AUGGGCAACGAGAAGAACGUGAAGUGGGUCGAGGGCCUGCGAGGCAUUGCCUCGGUCAGUGUCAUCGUGACCCAUCUUACCCGCGCCUUCUACUUCAGAGCCUUCCUGGCCUCCGAUGGCGAGGGCGUCGCCCCCAUCCUCUGGCAGAUGCCCAUCUUCCGCGUUAUCCCUCAGGGCCGCAUUGGAGUCACCAUUUUCGGCUUCCUCACCGGAUUCGUCUGCGCUCUGAAGCCGCUCCGCCAAGCCCGUGCUGGCCAGCACAGCGAUGCCCUCACCUCAAUCGCCAAGAGUGCUUUCCGCCGCAUUCCUAGGCUCAUCCUGCCCUCCACCAUUGCUAUGAUCAUCGCCUGGCUGCUCGCUCAGAUGGGUGCCUUCCACGUCGCCCACCGCGCUGACGAGGUCUGGCUCCGCGAGGCCAGCCCCCAGGCCGCCGACUCGCUCUACGAAGCUUUCGCGGACCUCUGGAAUGCCUUCCGUUCCGUCUGGACUAGCGGCUACAUGCCGUACGACGAUCACCAAUGGGCUAUGCUGCCGCUUCUGAAGGAAUCCAUGCUGGCUUACGUUGGUCUGGCGGCCACCAUCUUCAUGAAGUACAAGUACCGCACCAUCACGUACUUCGUCAUGUUCUGCUACUUCUUCCAGGAUAGCCACCCGCUUGUUGAGACCUUCGCGCAGCAGCUCUACUUCGCCAUGCUCCUCUGCGACCUUUCGCUGCACCCCACCGGCCAAGCUUUCAUGGCCAACAACCGCUUCGCUCUCAACAUGAUCUCGCCCUUCCUCGUCAUCUUCGGCCUCUACCUCGGCUCCUACCCCGCCGACGGCCCGGAGUGGUUGACCUGGUCCCGCCAGCUGAUGGAGAUGGGUCAGUGGCUCUUCCCUGAAGGAGCCGACAUCGCGCGCCGCUUCUCUGCGCUCGGCUUGGACAUCGUCAUCAUCGGCCUGUUCUUCUCGUCGGGCGCCAAGGAGAUUCUGUCCAACAGGUACUUCAUGUGGCUCGGCCGCAACAGCUUCGCCGUCUACCUGAUUCACGGCACGCUCCUGCGCACCGUGCUGAUUUGGAUGCUGUACGGCAUCACCGGCGAGCCGUUCGAAGAGGUGCGUGACGAGGAGGGCGUUGUCAUCGGCAACUGGAUAGAGCGCCCCGGCCCGCUUGGAUUCGCCAUCGCCAUUCCCAUCUGGCUCGUCAUUGUGUACACUUGCGCGCACUUCUGGACCUCGUACGUGGACAACUACUGCGCCCAACUGACACAACGCCUGGAGAAGUGGGUGUUCGAGGAUGAAGAGAAGUCCAUUCCCCUUGUUUAG